AUGAGUGAAAUUCCACCUGAAACUUUGAAGGUAUUCUAUAAAGAGUUCAACAAGAAGGUGGAUUUGGGAAAUAUUUUGACACCGACACAAGUUCGUAAGGAACCGGAAUUAUCAUGGACAGCUAAAGAUGGUCAGUAUUAUACAGUACUCAUGGUGGACCCUGAUGCGCCUAGUCGAGCGGAUCCCAAAUUGGGGCAAUGGAGGCAUUGGUUGGUUGGAAAUGUGCUCGGGAAUGAUAUUAGUAAGGGUGAUGUAUUGACUGCUUAUGUUGGAGCUGGACCACCACGAAAGACCAGUCUGCAUAGAUAUAUUUUUAUGAUUUAUGAGCAAUCGAAACACAUUGCUUUCGAUGAGGUAGUGGUACCGAACACCUCGACUAAUACCAGACCUAAUUUCUGUGCGAGAAGGUUUGCGGAUAAGUAUAGUUUGGGUUCACCUGUUGCUGCAAACUUUUUCCAAGCAAAAUAUGAUGAUUACGUGCCAACUUUGUACAAACAAUUGAAGGAUUAG